UCUGUCCACGUGCAGAGCGGGCGGCGGCGGGGCGUGGCCAAUGAGGGAGGCCGGCUGUCUUCGCCCCGCCCCGCCCGUCUCCGUGGCUACCAGGACGCGGCUGCCGGAGGAGCGGAGGGAUGGCGGAGGAGCCGGCGGGAGCGGCCGGGUGGGAGCCGCCGCCGUGCGCGGGGGAAGUGGGGGGCGUGGAGGCCCCCAUCGCCUUGGAACCCGACCCUCCGGCCUCGGAGGCGCCUCCCGGGCCGCCGGAGCCCCCCCUGGCCUUGCUGCUGCCGCUGGAGCCCCCCGGGCCGCCCCCCGCCCGCGGGCACUGCCUGCUGGGCAACUGGCAGGAGGAGAGGGCCACCCAGGAACUGGACCGCGUGCCGAGCCCCGAGGACGGCUCGGAGGGCUUCUACUUCCGGCACGGGCACCGGGGCCUGCUCACGCUCCAGCGCCUCGCCGGCCUGGCCUCCAGCACCACCACCAAGGACUCCUACCGCAGCCCCGGCAGGUGGCCCACCGCGCUCCCGCCACGAGGCCAGCGUGAGGCCAUGAUGGAAUGGCUCUUGUACCAGAAAUACAGCAAGCAGGCCUUUGAGGAGGAUGUCGACCCUCCCCCCGGCACCAUGGAGUCCCUGUCCACCACUCACCGGGACUACCGUCAGGACAGCUUCUUCUCGAUGCCCCCUGCCCCCACCAAGACCCACGACUACCGGACCGAGCAGCCUCAGACCUUCUGGCUGGAACAUGCCCGACGGGUGCCUGUGAGUGAGACCCCCAGCCCUCCCCCCUCGCCCCCCCUCGCCUGGGCCUGCUGCUCAAAUCUCCUGCCCCCGAAUUGUUCUGUGACCGGGCUGUGGCCAGAAAGGGAGGAACGCUCGGUGGGUGACCCCCGGCCUCCAGCGCUGGGGUGCUGUAGAGCAGGCACGGCCAUGCCGCUUCUCAAACAGGGCCGGGGGUGGAUCUCAGUCAGACCCCCCUGCCCACGUCCGCAGCGGCAGGAGGCGAACUCCUCUGCCCCCUCCCUGUCUCUCUCCAGGGGGUCUCCCAGAUCCGGACGGGUGACACCCCCUUCAGGAAGAAUGCCUCCUUCACGACUCCUGCAGCAGAGAGCCUCGACGACCCCGUGCCUUGCAGCCCAGAGAACCACCCGCUGCCCUAGCAAACCGAGGGGGCACUGGAGCAGGGGGGGGGCCCUGCCUUGCCGUGCGUGGAGUGGGGGGGGGUGGAAGAGAGCAGCGUGCAGAGGAAAGCACCCCAGCCUCCCACCAUUCAGCAGCAGGCAGCAAAGCGCUGCUUGGGAGCCCCCACGGGUGGGAGAGAGCCCCCCCCCCAGGCAUUCCAACUCCUCUUUUGGUGCAGCACUCGUCUCUGCCCCCGCCCUGGCAGAUCGGCACAGGCUGUCUGCCCCCUCCCCCUCACACCAACACAAAGGGUGCCCAGUAUUUUGGGUUAUAAAGUCUGUAUUUCCACAAAAUAUUCAGUCCUGUGUUUGGAUUUCUAUAUUUACACUGGGGGGGAGGGAGGGAGGCAACAGUCACCGGGUGGCUCAGCCAGCUGAGCUGUAUGGAACAGGGGAAGCCGCAGGGGCCAGGAACCAGCCAGGCCCCGCCGGGAAGCAGGUUUGA